AUGGACGCACCGUUGCAGCAGCUUAUUGAGUCGAUGGACUUCCCUACCGAUGGCAUCAUGUCUGACACAGACGCGGAGAGUGGAUCGGAGCGCCUGCUCAAUUCUGCACAUCUGGCCCCUGCCUGGAAGCCUGGCAUACUUCCUGGGCCUUUCUCGAACAUAGAGAGAGGACGGGUAAUAGGCAGAGGGCUGACCUCCGGACGUCAGGAGCAUCCAGCGCUGGGAGCAGAUCGUUUUCGCCUCUCCUCACUGCGCCCACCAUUCGAGCCCGAUGGACGCAGCCCCGUGAAAGAUGUUUGUUUCCCUCUGCGUCCCGGAUGUCGUGGUCUUGCUCGUGCUCCUGACAGGCAGAGUGACCCGCUCACUUGCAGCAGUCUGGGAGGGGAUGACUCGCUUGACGUCUUUCCAGAAGACUCUGUAAGGCCACACUCGGCACUCCAAAACAGCUCAGAAUUCUGCACAGAAGCAGUGCGUCCCGGCUUCCUUGGUUCACGCCCGCCCGAAGGGAGCCUCGACGGCGGGUCACCCCUCUUCCGGGCCUCAAGGAACUCAGGCAAGAAUAUUCCGCUUCCACAGACUGUCGAGGGAACCCUCCCGACGAACAGAUCGCCUGGCAGAGGCCGCUUGGAGGAAAAUUCUCCCACCUGGUCUCUACUGCAGUCGCCUUCUCCACUAGCAGCUGCCCUCGCAGCAGAAAAGCCGGGAGGCUGUGACACUCCGUCGGUAACGCACAACCGCCCCGACAGCCCCUUGAUAAAAAAUACGCAGUGUGAGGGGCUCCGCUUUAUCGACGGAAGCAAGCAUCUCAGCGAUUCUUUCCAACCCGCUUGUGAAGGUGCCAGCACAACAGAAGUCGAUAUUGACAGACUACUCGCCACAACACAGACCAUCCUCGACCGCAGCGACAUCGGCCGCCGCCCCCAUUUCGCGAAUAAUCAUUUGGAUGGAGAUUCCCAGCGCAAUGACAGGUGGUCAGCUCCUGCUUCUGGACUGAACUUCACGGCGCAGAAGCAAGCUGCCGAGGGGAACUUGGUUCAUCUGCAGCACGGGAUCACGGCGCUAGAGGAGCUGGUAGACGAGACGGAACGGAAGAUAGAAGGCCUCGGACGAUGUUCUCGCAAAAGCGAGGAUGACUCUGGCUUUUCUUUCUCAACAGAACAUCCUCAUUCUCUGGAACGAGUUCUUCACAGGGACGCCGAAGCGCUGAGCCGAAGUGCAGGGGAAGUCGCUCAGUACCCCCCGACAAACGGGUUACGACUCGAUGAGUGCCUUGAAGCCAGGGGCCUCCUACCCGAAAGCCCGUCUUGCCGCACGCGGCAUCUUCAGAUUUCCUCUCUCCGACCCAGUGCGCGAGAGGCCGGCUUCCAAAGGAGAGUCAAGGCUGAUGUUGGACGGGAGUCGGAGGGCAAAUUGACACUGGCAAGCUUGGCAGAACAUGACGAGCAGGCCCCAGAUCGGGAUACCAGUCCUGGUCAGCUCCUCUCGCUUCGGGCCGGCGGCGGGCCUGCGAGGCUCUCUCGUCCUGUGUCGGGCCUGAGAACAACGACUUCAGGCUGCGGAGUAUUUCAGACUGUCAAUUUCGAGCCCGCGAAUGCCUAUCUCGGCAAAGCGGGCAGCGCAUUAGGGCUGCCAGGGGCGGCUUACUGCCCGGGUGAGUGGCUUCAAAGAGCUGAAAGACCCUUUUCCAUCCGCUUCGGUGCAGGUGGUGACGCGUCGAACUGUUCAACUUCCUCUUCUGUUAGGAGUCCACAUUUUUGCGCCAGCGGGGAACACCUCCUCGGUCAGGAGCCAGUUCUGCGAACGCAUCCUCAGCGUCUGCGCCCGUCUCGAAAGCAAGUCUCCUCCGCACACUCUUCUUUUUCUUGUCAGCCUCCUCUCUCUCCCGGUCGCGUGCUACGCGACGCUGCGAGGAUCGAUGCCGCAUCUGAGAAAACGAGGCCCUUUCGAUCUGCCGUUUCCCAACGCGAGCGUUGGAUCCGCAAAUCCCAGCACGGACUGCCCCGGUGCGCUGCCGCCCACACUGGCUCUGUUUCCCUCGGUACUGCCGCGUGUUUUGAUCCCCCGAUUCGUCAGCACACACCCGUGUCUCAUGCGGAAGAACGUCCAACUCCCGCCUCGCUCCAGUGCCGUUUACCACCCUCGGAGGCGUCGUCCGCUCGCGGCGGACUGGGUCAAAGGGAGAUGAGCGCGAUUGUCGCUGGGCGGGGGCGCGACUUCAUCCGGCGCUCUUCAGCAUCCUCGGAUUCCGCCGCGGUGCUGGACUCGACGCAGCAGGCGGAGCCAGAGCUGCAGGCCAGGUCGCCGCACGACAGAUGCAGUCAGUCCGCGCGCCUGAAUGCGCUCUUCGCUUGCGACCCUGCGAGACCCCUCUCAGAGUCGACCCGCCACGCCCAGCGCCGCCCGGGGCGAAACGGCUCAACUCACUGGGAUGCCGACCUCAGACGCGCUAGAGACGCCCCGCUACUCAAAAAAAGUUGCAACAGUAUGUACCUGCGGCACAGCGCUGUGGCGGAUUGGACAGACACUUUGUCCGCGGCCUCUGCGAUUCCUCCCGACGGGCCGUGGCAGCCCCUGGCGACUCCCCUGGAGGGCAAAAGCGAGCCGAUCCAGUGCCCCCCUGUCGCCGGCGGCAUGCCCGCGCGCUCUGCCGAAGACCUGGAUCUGCGCGCCUUCAACAGAAACGCGCAUAUCGCAGGCUCGCAUCCGAUGCAGAGCCCCGUCUGGAGCCGCCCUUGUCCCCCGCCAGCCGCAGAAAGAGUCAACACACAUUUCGAGCCUUGCUGCAGCAAAGUCUCCGCCGAGCUCCGUACACAGGGCCAACGUGCAGACGCGCUUCCAGCGCUAGGGGGGGAGGUCGUUUUCGCGAGAGGCCCCAGCUGCUGCUGUGGCAGCGCCGAGGAGCCCAGAGAGUGCCUUCUGAAGCGAGAUCGAGCUGUGCAAAGUUCCCCUGAGCUACUCAGCGCAGCUGCUCGCUGGCCUCCCGCGACGGCAGUGUCAAGCUGCGCAAGCGACGGCCUCCGCCACGCGGCAGCGAGGAAGCGAGCUGCCGAGUACUGCGAGACGGGUUCCUCACCCGUGGCGAGGCCCUGCACGGAGAGACAGAGGUCGGGAGAUAUUGACAGCUUCUUGAACUGCGAUCAAAGCGAGAAGCCGCAAGGCAAUUCAGCCCAAAGAUCCACACUCCCAUAUUUCGCUGCUCCAUCUAAAACGGGCGACCUCGGUAGCAGCCAGCGAGGCCCGGUAGUAUGUGAGACUGCGUGCUCGCCGCUACAUACGGAACAGUCUGCGCCCAGCCAGCCAGGGAGUGAAAAGCGCGUUCGCCUUCUCUCGCGCUCUUCUGGGGAGACCUCUCCUGCGGACCUCGGCAGCGCCACCAGUUCGGGCGAAAUCCAUUACGGGUCUCAGAAGCCAGGGCACGCCCGACAGCGUUCAUCGCGCGCGUCGCACGGAGGCGCGACUGAUGUUGCCACAGGUACUUCGCCAGUUCGUCGCAGAGACGUCUCCGCGGGAGGCUCGCCGAGGGAUUCGAGCUCUGACACAUCCAACAGGGCUGCGGGGCUGGAGGAUCGAUCCCCAGCGGCUUCAGGGCCGCUGCAGAGAGUCCGUGGAGACGCAUUUGCACUGCCAUCAGUAGAUGCGUCUUCUGAGGAAGACAUCGGCCUCGCUCAGGUCUCCCCAGAGGAUUCUGGGCGGCCCUGUCCCCUGGCGCAGCCGGGGGGACUAGACCUAGCGGAUCUAUGUCAACAGGAUGUGUUGAGAGACCUCCUGUGCAGUGAAGGUUCGAAACUGGAAACGACAGUACUGCCCACGACGCAAGAUGUGCCGCACGGGGCUGCGUCCAGCCAAGGCGCUGCAGACAGCCGAAACGCUUGCAAGCACAUCAUUCUCACGCUGAACGAGGCGCUUCAGAAAAUCGGCGGUUUGAGGCAAGCGGCGGCGAAGCCUGCGCUUCCUCAUGAUCCGCAGAGGCUGUCCAGAGAGGAGGGCAUCGAGAAUGCUUUGAGCACCGUGUCCAGCUGGCUGGAGUCCCCCUGUGCCUUGGGCAGCAGAGCGCAGCACCACCGACUUGCAAACCCGAGGGGAAGGCCGCGCCCCGCCGCCCAAGUUACAGAGUCUUCCAUCAGCCGCCACCACCUGAGUCUGGAGCUAAAAGAAGUGCAAGAAAUGCUUUUAAGACUGAUGGAGCCGGAUAUCGAGACGCCGCCAACCAAGAAAACGCGGGAAAAGCCUGGUUUGCCGUCUGAUGACGCGCCCUUCUCUCCGCCCACGCCAGGCUGCGGAGAAAGCGAAGGCCUGGAAAGCACACACCUUUGUCGAUGCCGCAGCGCGGGCCCUCCAGCGGAGGCGCUUCCCGCUUCGAGGGCGUGCCUUCAGCGGCGCAGAACUGACGCGAUGUCGCGGCCUGCGCUCCCACUCGCUGAAGACAGUCUGGCAACCGGUCGUCACUCAUUGUCGAUCUUCGAAAGCCGCGUCAGAGGGCGGCGCGCUUCCAUUGGCGGAGCAUCCCCUUCUUCCAUGAGGAGUCAGCCACACCCACACGCCACACGAUUCCAGACGCUUCCCCUCGCUCGCGCGUCAACUUCAGCACUGGGAGAGAGACGCGCUGAAGCGCGCGCACACGGCGCGGGCGCCACGGGAAGAAACGAAAGAUCGAGUUCGCUGAGGCGAGCGCGUUCGCUGCCGCCAGUUGCAGCAUCGCACAAAGCCAGGCGACAAACGUCCCCAGAAGGUCCUCCUCAGGCCGCGCGGCGCCCCUUACCGGCAUCAGGGCACGCUUCCGCGCCCGUACAGCUCUCCCAGGCUCAGCAGCGGUCUUUGAAGCCCGCGGAUCUGCCGCGCACAGCCCCGCUGCACCCGGGGCGGAGUGGGGUCUGCGGCAGGGUGUGGCGUCGACUCUCUUCGAACGACCCCACGCGACAGCCGCCAGACUGCAGCGUUUCGACGGCGAGCACCGCCUCCGAGCCCGUGGAGGCCGCCCUAUGGGCAGCAAAAUCCCGGCGAGCCGGCGAGAAGAGAAAAACGGAGCGAGCCUCGCUGCGCACCGACGAGUGCCUUCUCUACUGCUCGCGGGCACCGCCCCAGCGCGCGCCGUCGUCGCUGGAGGUUGAGCGUCAGUCUGACAUCCCUUGGCCUUCGCGAAGCGAAGGAAAAGAAGGCUGGGGCGGUGGCGCGGAGGCCUCGGUUGGCGGCGCGCGCGUCGCGAGGCGAGAUCAGAGGGGACCUAGUUCGUCUCCGAAACGAGGUCUGCGGCGUCGAGCAAGCGGCCACCGGGGACGAAACGAAGACUGGUGUCUGCCCGGCGAGACAGCGAGCGCGUCAGAUCGGCUGAAGCCGCUUCCAGUCACGUCUAGGAGAUCCCAGUUGCAGCUGCCUCCUGGUCAGCACGCGAAGAGCGCCCCCACCGGGUCAGUGGCCCCCCCGGCGUCGAGGCCGCACCGACUGCUCGCGGCCGCCGACCUGCAUCCGCUGCCUUCCAGCCGACGGGCGUGCCCAGGGGCGAGAAGAGCUCUGAGGCAGAGCCUCUCCUGCAGCGCGCGCCCGGGGCCUCGAGACCCGCUCUGUCCCCACCAGGGACUUGUCGCCCUGCAGACCCCGCUUCCCCGGGGCUCCUCCGCGCAACGCUGGGGCCGACCCGCCAGCUGUGGACUGCCUGACUCCCGCACGUCUCCAGGCCGGCGACACCGCCUAGGCGAAGGCACUCCGCCUUCGCUCGUGCGUUCCGCGGAGAGUCUCCGCGGAGAGCGACAGACCCCCGCGGCGGUUGAGGCGUCGCUGACGAGGCAGACGCCAAACCGCGCCGCUCGAGAGAGGCGAAGCCACAGUCAGCAGCGCACUCGCGCCCCCUGCCCAGGGAGGCAGGACCCGAUGGACGCCCUAUCCCAGCGAAGGCCUCCGGAGGCGUCAACGAAGUCGCAGAGAGGAGUCAUGCCGUCGCAGAGCCGCCAGAGGAGCUUCGCGCGAGUGAGUCAGGAAUCAGAACGUGCAGCACUCCGAGCGAGUGAAUGCGCGCAACGCGCACCCGGCGUGCAGAUUCAGCUAUCCACAGAGAGGGCUUGCAUGGAAGCCAACGAGAGGACAGCUGCGUCCAGAUCGCUCCACACCGCCUGCCAAACGUCUCCACUGCCGCAAAGGGACUCGGGCGGAAAGCACGCACAGGCGAAGCCGAGCGGACUGCCGGCACUCGAAGCGUCUGCCGGCGGGAGAGAGGGAAUGGCUCGCGAAGGUGAUCCCAGCUCCGUCGAAGAGGGCGCAGCGUUCUGUGGAUCUCGCGAUGCAUAUCUCAGCAGCGCCGCAGGCACACAUUCCUCACCUUUCUGGCAGGCAUGCGAGGACGGGAACCCCACGGGAACCGCCGGCCCCAAGCAGCAGGCCCCGCCCCCCCACAGCCGGCUGCUCCAUGUUAGUCCACAAUGUAGAAGCUGUGUGAAAACGGCUGAGGCGUCAGCCGACAGGAAGCAGCCGUGCGCGCCUGAGAACCCUGCGCCGGGGACGGAUGGGCUAGAAACGCGGCUAGAGAGGUCUGCAAAGGAUCGACUUUUAGACCCCAAGCCGUGCGCCUUCCCAGUGCGCAGCAUGAGAGCGCGGGUCCACGCAAGCGUGAAGCAUCGCAAGAGUGAAGAAGCUGCGGCAAGUCUCUUGCCAAAGGGCGAGCAGGCUGAGAUCUGGGACGAUUCCUCCUCGCUCCCUGGCAGUGCCUCUGACUCCCCCGCCAGGGUCGCCUGCGAGCUGCUGUCUCAGCAAGAGAAGGAGGCCCGCGAACCCGCGCCGCGCACUCACCGGCAACCGCCCUCUUCACGGAACAGACGUGGCGCGUCCUGGACUUCCAGCGAGUCGCCUGGACGCGCCGACGAGUCCCUCUUCGCCUGGGGCCGCUCAGGAGAGACCCGCAGGGCUGCCUCAGCCUGCGAGAGCGAUGACAGGCUCGGGCGCUCUGCAGCAUCCGCGUUCGACUCGUGUGCAUGCUGCGGCAGCACCUGCUCAAACGCAGCAGCCGAUCAGGCUUCCUGCCAGAUAGAAAGAGCGGCGGGGAGUCUUUCACACAGCCCACAGUCGGCUGGCGGAGUGCAGCGCAUCGCAGAGGACUCAGAGCUCGAGAUGCAGGCCAAUGAGUGUUGCCUUGCCGACCCGUUCCUGGAAGGCAGUCGCGAUCAGAAAUUCGCGAAAGACCGUGACGGGGACACAACAACAUGGGAAGCGACAACGCAUUCUACGGACUCGGUGCUCGAGGUUGACAUGCGUGGCGCGCUCACGCCGACAAAGCAGCGGUGCGCGAGGCGGCAACAGGAUUUCGCUGACUACUUGGCUCGCCGCUACGGAGAAUGCCGCGGGGCUGUAGCUGCAGAGUCCCCUUUUUCGUCAUUCGGCGGCAGCGCGACGCCGAGCUGCUUCCAGACUCUGCCGACUUCGCGAUGCUGCACUCGAAAGCUCGAGAGGGGUCAGCCGCUCGGAGUUUUUGAGGUUCGGUGCUGCGGGUCGCCUUUUUCUCCCUUGACAGAGAAGAGCCGAUCGGCGCAGGCAGUCGCAAAGGCUUUCGGGUGUGCAUCGAAUCGGGCUGUGAUUCUCAAUGCCCUUCAACACGCUUGCCUAGCCGGGGAAGUCAACCGGCGGAGGCGCGAGCGUCUGAUCGCCUGUUUCAACGAAGAGUGGACAGAACGCCGAGUUUUCAUCAUUCUGCUGAAGGGCCCUGGUGACCGCCACGAGCUCAGGGCGCUGUACGCCCUCGACGCGAGACGGGGUCUAGUAAAGGUGGCUCAAGUCUCCCCUGCUCCAUCGUUCCUUGAGGACGGCAUGAUAGAGCAGGUGUUUCGGUACGACUGCGCCACGAGGCGUUUCCGCCUCGUCGAGGGCGCGAGGACGCUCAGCCCCCUCACCGCAGCAGUGACUCUCAAGCGGAAUCUGCAGCCGGCGUCGGUUUCGCAAACAGCGGUGCAUGUGUAG